UGCGCGAAAAGAAUGCAGAAAAACUAAAAGUGUUAAUAAAAGUGUGUGAAAAACGAUGGAAACCCGUCUAGAAGUGCGUCUAAAAGAGCCCAAUCCACUGUUUACACGGUGGCUCGAGCGUUGGCUACGGGAAGCAGAGCGGCGCCAGCAGAAAUCACAGUUUAAACUGCGCCAGGCACUGGAAGCCCUGAAAAGUUAUCCUCUGCCGCUGUACAGCGGCCGGGACUGCGCCAUUUUGCGAGGCUUUGGGGGCACCCUAUGCCAAAUGAUUGACGAGGAGCUGCGCCAGCAUCGUGGCGUCAACUUGUUGCCGCCAACAAGUGGCACCAGCGGGCAGUACGAACAGCAGGUGCAACAGGUGGUAAGAAAGGUGCAGGAAAAGCAAGAGGAGCAGGCGCAAAAGAAGAAAGAGAAGGAGAAGAGGCCCCGCAAGCCCACCAAAAAGCUGCUAGAAAUGGCGGCCGCCGAGGAGCGCGAACGCCGCGUAGAGAUGCCACCCGGUGGCUUUGAGGUGCUCCUUCUCGUGGACACCCAGGAGACGAGUGGCAAGAACAAACGGGUGCUGGAUCAAACGCGCAGCUACCUGGAGUCCCUAGGAGCCCAACAUGAAGUGCGUCGCCUGACCAUAGGUGACUUCCUCUGGAUAGCUAAAGAUGCUGCAGGCAAUGAACUGGUCCUGCCGUAUAUUGUGGAACGAAAGCGAAUGGAUGACCUAGCAUCGAGUAUACGCGAUGGCCGCUUUCACGAGCAGAAGCAUAGACUAAAGCAGAGCGGCCUUAAGCAUGUAAUUUACCUAGUGGAGGACUAUGGCGACAAUGAGCAGCUGGGAUUGCCCCUCGACUCCCUGCAGCAGGCCCUGGCCAAUGCGAGGAUCCAAACUGGAGUCCAGGUGGUGCGCACAGAGAAUCACUUCCGAUCGAUGGCCUAUUUAGCCAGCAUGAGUCGCUCUCUGGGUCAGAUAUUUGGUCAAAAGACCCUGCACAGUGUGGAGCGUGCAACGACCCAGGACAAAGCCGACAGCUGCCUGCUGACAGACUCGAGACUGGGCUUACUUAAGUUCCGUGCCCUGUACGAGGAUUCCGCCAAGAAUGCUCAGCUGACGGUGCGUGAGGUCUUCGUCCAGCAACUCCUCCAACUGCACUCGCUCUCCCUCGAACGGGCCAUGGCCAUUGUGGAGAGAUAUCCAACACCACGAUGCCUGCUCGACGCCUAUGACGAGUGCCUGGAGCCGAAGGAAGCCAGGCUGCUGCUCGCGCGCAUACCUUGCGGCCCUCUGGAACGACCAAUGGGUGAGAAAAUUAGUCAAUGUUUACACGAAUUCUAUACGACACAUUUUCGUUAGGAUUAGCAAUUGAUUUAAUGGGACAUAU